AUGGAGGACGUUCCCGGUCAUCCGUCAUCAGAAGUGGGAUCGCCUUCGCCACAAGAGCACAGCUCCGCUCAAUAUAUGGCAGCGCUGGAGGAGCAAAACAAAAAUCUCAUGGAUGUUAUAAAAACCAUGCAGGCGCCAAGAGCCUCGGCGUCGGAUGGGAAAACCACGCACGUGACACUACCCAAAUUUAAUCCCGAUGGCGCUGGAACAGAUGCAUCAGCAUGGUGCACUACGGUCGAUUUGAUCUUCGCAGAUAAUACACUCGAAGGCAGCGCCUUAGUAAUAGCACUAAGCAAAGCGUUGGAAGGCAGUUCUUCGCAAUGGCUGUCCCAUGUUUGCUUUGCUGGCAUCACCUGGACCCAAUUCAGGGUACUGUUCAUCCAGCGAUUCGUGGGCAUUGAGACAACGGCUGCCGUACUGAUCAAUGUUUUAAACGGGCAUCCCAGAUCUGGAGAAAGCUUUGCAGAAUAUGGCAGUCGCAUAGUUACGCUGUUGCUAUCCAAGUGGAAGUCGACGGAACUGGAGGAGAUUGCGGUGUCAAUAGCGUUAGCCCACAUGACGCAAAUUGACACUAAUUUACUGCGUUGGGUCUUUACGACGAAUGUAACGACGCGCAAUGAACUACAGCGGCAGCUGCAAGCUUACGCCUUCAAGAAGCGCAAACACGAAAAUGAUGAAAAUUCGUCAAGCUCGGACAAGAAGAAACCACGAAUGCAGAUGCAGGUGAAAUGCCAUUAUUGUGGAAAGAUUGGCCACAAAUAUGCCCAGUGCCGUGCUCGCAUGGAGAGCUCAUCGUUCACCAAAGGAAAGAAUCAGAGUGGAAGCAGUGUGUCCGGAAUAAAGGAGCGUUCAAACAUAAGAUGCUACAAGUGCGGUGAGGUUGGACAUAUUGCUUCUGUAUGCUCCAAAGGCAGUACUAGUGGACACGGCGAGUACAAGGAGAAGCGCGUCGACAUAUGUCAAGUUCUUCAGCCCAAAGGCUUAUUCCAUCAAAGGGGUGAGAUCUUUCCAUUUUUUUUUUGA